CGCCCGCCCGACGCCAAGGAGAUGCGCGCCGUGCUGCUGGGCGGCUUCGGCGGCCUCAACAAGCUGCGCGUGGCCAAGCGGGUGAUGCCCGAGGCGCGGGACGGAGAGCUGCAGCUGCGCGUCAAAGCCUGCGGUUUAAAUUUUAUUGAUCUGAUGGUGCGGCAGGGGAACAUUGACAAUCCUCCCAAGACGCCCCUUGUCCCUGGAUUUGAAUGCUCUGGGAUUGUAGAAGCUCUGGGAGAUGGUGUAAAAGGAUUUGAGAUUGGGGACAGAGUCAUGGCUUUUGUGAACUACAGUGCAUGGGCUGAAGUAGUAUGUACUCCAGUAGAAUUUGUCUACAAGAUCCCUGAUGACAUGAGUUUUUCUGAAGCUGCUGCCUUUCCUAUGAACUUUGUAACUGCCUAUAUGAUGCUCUUUGAAGUUGCCAACCUAAGAGAAGGCAUGUCUGUGCUAGUUCACUCUGCGGGAGGAGGAGUGGGUCAAGCCGUUGCCCAGCUCUGCUCAACUAUUCCCAAUGUUACUGUUUUUGGAACAGCGUCAUCUUUUAAGCAUGAAGCAAUCAAGGAUUCAGUAACUCACCUGUUUGACAGAAAUGCAGACUAUGUCCAAGAAGUAAAACGAAUCUCAUCAGAAGGAGUUGAUAUUGUUCUGGAUUGUCUGUGUGGAGAAAAUACUGGAAAAGGCCUCAGCCUCCUCAAACCGCUGGGGACUUACAUUUUAUAUGGUUCAUCCAACAUGGUGACUGGGGAAACAAAAAGCUUCUUCAGCUUUGCAAAAUCAUGGUGGCAGGUUGAGAAAGUGAACCCUAUCAAGCUCUAUGAAGAGAACAAAGUCAUUGCUGGAUUUUCCCUGUUGAAUCUACUUUUCAAGCAGAACCGAGGUGGCCUAAUUAAAGGUAUAAUGGACAAACUCAUAACACUGUACAAUGAGAAGAAGAUCAAGCCAGUGGUUGAUUCAUUAUGGGCCCUGGAAGAGGUGAAGGAGGCUAUGCAGAGAAUCCACGACAGAGGCAAUAUAGGAAAGCUAAUUCUGGAUGUAGAGAAGGCACCCACUCCACUGAUGGCCAAUGACAGUACGGAGACAAGUGAAGCUGGAGAAGAAGAGGAAGACCAUGAAGGGGACAAUGAGAAUAAAGAGCGCAUGCCAUUCAUCCAGUAAAAGCUGAGAGUGGCAGAGGGAAACCAGAAAGAUUGAUUGAGUAGAAGGGAACAAGACUGGGAAAUCUAUUCUGUGCAUCAGUGAACAAAUGCCAUAGUACAGUGUGUGUUGUGUUUGUCUGCAGUCAGCUGAGCUAUAAGCUGUUGAUCAUUGUUGUUUUGAAUUCAAGUGCCAUUCCCAUCCAGUGCAGUAUUAUGACAUUUGUUGUGUGACACCCAAUCUCCCUGUAGGAGUCCCAUUGAUUUUUUUUUUUCUGUCCCUGUUGAAAAACCUUUAUUAACGUACUGUGUAAUUUUAGAUGGGCAACGUGCUCAUGAGAAUCCUAUUUCACGUAAAUUCUUUGCAAGUUGACAAUGAUGAUCUUUUUGUUGUUGUUGUUGUUACUUCCCUACUCUAUUGUCUGGUAGAUUCCGGUAAUCAAAGGGAGGGUUUUAAGUUCGUCUGUUUUCAGCAAAAGACAGGUAAAACAUGGUAUUCCUUUGUGAGCCACAAAUAAAGGUUGCAGAGACAAAUUUUGUUCUCCUAAAUCAUGCAACUUCAUCUCAUAAACAAUUCUGUCUUAAUUU